AUGUUUGGCCAGUACACGCUCGAAACCAGCCCGGGCGAUGGCACCUAUCGGGUACCAAAGCUCAAUCACAAGAAGUCGCGAUAUGGCUGCCAGCGAUGUCGCACGCGGCGGGUAAAGUGCAACGAGGCAAAGCCCACUUGCCAGCACUGCGAGCGGCACCGGGCCAAAUGCAUCUAUGAUCGUCUUCCACAGAAGAAGACCGGCCAAGACCGAUCUCCGGGCUCAUCAUCACAGCCUCAGCCCAGUGAAUCUGGCAUCUCAGAGACCAGUUCUGACAAGCCUUCUCCUUUGUCGUCGGUGGACCCGCUAGACGAAGAUGCCUUGGAAUCGAAGCAGCGACGGCUGUUGGAGGCGAGGUUGAUGCAUCUCUAUCUCACCGAGACUGGGCCCUCGCUUCCUAUUGACGACAAGACUUACAAGAUAUUCGCCAAUUUGGCUCCCAAGAUGGCGUUGGACUCUGAAGCUCUGCUAUAUGCCAUAUAUGCUCUGGCGGCUAUCCACGCGCUCAUAUGCAAGUUAGACAACUCCUUUGAUGGACUCAAUGUACAUAGACGAUACCUGGCAAUGGCUCUGCAUGAACACCAAAGGGAGAUUACCAAACUCAGCGAGUCCAACUUUGAGGCCGUGUGUCUCACGUCGCAUUUGCUGCGCAUCUGCACAUUUGCCACGCUGCGGUACCGAAAUCGUGAACCAUACUCUCCUCCUCUGGAGUGGAUAUUGAUCACGGGGACAACGCAAGCCCUCUUUAUCAAGGCUUGGGGCAUCAUUUUGGCGCAUCCGGGGUCGUUCGUGUCGGCGAUGACGAAGAGUACGCCCAUCCUUUACGAUACCCAGGCGAGAUAUGAUCCAGCGAACCGGCAGGGCUUGGAGUACUUGCUCGAAAGGGACGCCAAAGAUGUAGUGUCGGAGCCGUGGGACAUGGAGAUCCAGGACGCAUACGAGACGACGCUCAGCUACAUCGGAGGGGUCUUGCUGUUGCUGCAUCCCAGAGACGGCAAGAUUCAGCUUGACGAGGCGAGGCGGAGGAUGGUCAUCUUCCCCAUGGUCGUGAAGAAGAAGUUUCUCGACCUCACGCAGCAAGUCUGCCCGAGGGCCCUGGUGAUUCUGGCAUAUUAUUUCUCGAUGCUGGUCAUUGAAAACUUGUGGUGGGUUGGCGAUGUGGGGAAGCAGGAAGUGCAGGACAUUUCAAAGAACUUGCCGGCCAGGUGGCAGAAGAUGCUGGAAUGGCCAUUGCGAGUGGUAGAGAGAGGAGCAAUUCUGCCGAUAUCACCAUGUAGGUAA